UUUGGAUUGGCCUUUGGUGACUUUGGGUGCAAGUUGAGUAGCCUGGUGACUGUGCUGAAUAUGUUUGCCAGCACAUUCCUGCUGACAGUGAUCAGUCUGGACCGCUGCCUGUCCAUCUGGGUGGUGGUGUGGGCUCGGACUAAACGAACCGUCCUGAAAGCGAGGAUAAUCUGCCUGCUUAUUUGGUUAGCAGCAGUUGCUUGCACCAUGCCUUGUGUCAUCUUUCGGAAAACAUUUCACAUUUCUCCACAACAAAUAGUGUGCAUCCUUGAUUUUUCAGGACUGAAAGCCUACAGGAGGGAGGUUGUGUUCCGUUUUGUAGUGGGUUUCCUCAUCCCAUUUGUCAUAAUGUUAGCUUCUUAUGUGGCGAUCGGGGUACGAAUUAAUCGCCUCCGGAAAGACAAUAAACUAAAACCCUUUCAUAUUAUCCUAUCUGUAAUCCUGGACUUCUUCUUCUGCUGGCUUCCAUUUUAUGUUUACCGGUUCCUCGAAGUGUGGUUGCAUGAAAAGAAUGAGACGAACCCAUCAGAUGAGCUGACCAGCUUCAAGAAUGUUUUUGACCAGAUAGGGCUCUUCAUAGUCAAUCUUGCUUACUUGAACAGCUGCCUGAAUCCUUUCUUGUAUAUAUUCAUGUGUAAAGAUUUUCAGAAAAAGCUCAAGCGGUCUUUGGUGAUGGUGUUCGAGAGCACCUUUGCAGAGGAACAUCUGGGUCUCCUCUCGCAACAUUUCCAAUCCCAACACAAAUCUUAUUCCCAGAGUGGAACCGGACCCAGUCUGACCCAGUCUGUGACACUUGAGGCUUAAAUUAAACAUUCACAACACCACAUGUGUAUUUAAAUUAAAUAAUGCAAUUCAUCAAAAUAUUAAUAGUAUGUUCUUCAUUUGUUUUAGUUUUUUUUUUAUGUUGUAAAAUGAAAGUUAUAGAUUAUAGAAAAAUUAUAGAUAUAAUGUGCCAUAAAUAUAUGAAUAGGAUGCAUGCCUCAUUAACUAGAUAGUCAAGAAAUUGGUAAUUGUAUUUUGUUUUAUUUCUCAUUUUCAUGGAUGUCUGGUUUUAUAAUGAACUAAAAUGUGUUUUUGCUUUUGCUUUACAACAAUG